UUCAGCGCAUCGCACGUCGUCAUGUGGUUCACGGUUGCGUGCAGUUUUUUGGUAGCCCUCGCCCUAGUUCCCAACAGCCACGCAGGACUUCCGUUGGUGGCCACUACAUGGAGAUUCACCAACGCCACAUUACGAGCCUAUCAGUCGCUGACGGUCGGUGAGUUCUAUCCGAUCGAUGCCCUGGUCGAGGGAUGUAGCGUUUGCGAGCGGGAGCAGUGCGACGGAACGGUCGGAUUCGGUGGCAGUCCGGACGAGAACGGCGAGACGACGCUCGAUGCGCUCCUGAUGGACGGCAGCACGAUGGACGUGGGGGCCGUGGCCGCUUUGCGCGAAGUGAAACAUGCGGCCGAGGUAGCCAAACACGUUCUGCGCAACACGGAACACACGCUGCUGGCCGGGAGCCAGGCGACGGACUUUGCCCUCAUGAUGGGCUUCCGUCGCGAAUCCCUGCAGACCGUCUCGUCCCGGACCAUGUGGAGGCAGUGGAGGGCCAACCAUUGUCAGCCUAAUUUUUGGAAGAAUGUCAUGCCUUCACCAUCGAUGUCCUGUGGACCGUAUGAACCGGUGUCCGCGAACGAAGUGAACCAUAAGUCACCACCACCGGCGGAUCGUACAAAGUUUACGUUCGGUCGGUACAACCACGAUACGAUCAGUAUGAUCGUGAUCGAUCAGUCCGGCCAUGUGGUGGCCGGAACGUCCACGAAUGGCGCAAGACACAAAAUCCCCGGUCGCGUUGGUGACUCGCCGAUACCGGGAGCUGGGGCGUAUGCGGAUUCUGAGGUGGGUGCCGCGGUGGCUACCGGUGAUGGGGAUGUUAUGAUGAGGUUCCUGCCGGCGCUGCUGGCCGUCGAGGGAAUGCGCAAUGGGUUGGAUCCGGCCGAGGCUGGCCAGCGGGCUAUCGCGCGCAUUGCCAAGUACUAUCCUGCGUUCAUGGGUGGCAUCGUGGUGGCUACGAAGGAUGGCCAUCACGGGGCGGCCUGCCACGGUAUGGAAGAGUUUCCUUACUCGGUGGCCGAUGCCAGUGAUCAGAUACAGGAACUCACGGUUAAGUGUUUGUGAGCUGGAAAAGAGGUGUAAUCGUAUUUCAAACCAUGUAAUCUACAACGAAAUAUUUAUUAAAGGCACACGCCGGGUGGCGUAAAGAGCUAUCCGGUUCCGGUUCGGCCAAUGUUGGGCGAACAUCUUCUUUAAGACGGGCGCCCACGGCACAUCAAUUGUAAUCCAAUAAAAGUUCACCUCCAAGGCACACUCGACGAGGAGCGGCGAGAAACCCAAGACACGGUGCACAUCGAUCAACAUCCGUGGGUCGUAGUAACCUAGAUACUGUCGGCGCAUAAGUUCCAGAACGGCCGUUAAUGUCUUGUCUAUGUGUAGGGGCGAGCCCCACCAAGUGCACUCCGGGUUGAGGCUUUCCCAACACGGCAAAAUAUGAGUGUGUGGGGCCAGGGAAAUCUGUGUUCCGAAAUGUGUCGAAAACUGAAAUGGCAAAUAAAAAUGGUGCACUCGUUUUUCCCGCCUCGCACCUAGCAGUCGGAGCUGCUAGGUGAU